AGUUGCACAUGCGUGGACAGAGUUUGACGUGGGACAUUGUACUUUUGUGUCGUGCUUCCAUUAAAUUGGGGUUUCUGUUGAAUAAUGUCCUUGCCUUCUGCUCUGCUAUUGUUGUCCACUUCUCAUUCAUCUCCUCACGCAGCGCGAACAAAGACACGUCAGCCUCGCCCUCUGAUUGGCUCCCUGCCGGGGCCCCGCGACGCUGCUGUGCCGCGAGCUCCGCCACAACAGAUGGACCUCUCGCGCUCUCCUCCUACCAGCUUCUGGAUGCACUGCUGCACGCGCCCCGCUGAUUGUGUCCAACGGCAGGAGAACGAGCGACUUGUCCCAGGAGUUUUAACGGCUAACGCUCAGAUCAGGAGAAACGACUGGAUAAACGACUGGAAGACGAAAGAAAAGGACCGAGGAGACCUAUGUUAGUCACGUUCAGAAGAAAAGACCCUCUUGGAUCACUGACACCUGAGGAUACAAACAGAAUCUACCUGCCUAUAACUUUGGCUGCCUCUCCUCAUAGGCAGUUUCUUCUCUGGUGACUCAACAACAACUCAUAGUCUUUACGACGCUCGCCAAGGCACUCCGCAGUAGAACAAGGACUACUGUCAAGGAGUCUCUGGGGACUGCCACAAAAGUGACCUGAUCAUCUUACGGGUAGAAAAACAAGAGACAGCAAGGGAUGCAAAACAAACAGCAGAGGAAUAGCAGCUCUCCUCUCAUGCUCACUGAGAAUGGAUGAUACACAGUACGGGGUUCAGAUCGGAGAGAACAAGUUCGUCAGCAAGUCAACAGUACUGUCACAUCUUAAAACUUACAACCUCUAUUAUGAAGGGCAGAAUCUGCAGCUGCGGCACAGAGAGGAAGAAGAGGAACUGAUUGUUGAGGGCUUGCUGAAUAUCUUUUGGGGCCUCCGGCGCCCAAUCAGGCUACAGAUGCAGGAUGACCACGAGCGAAUCCGGCCGCCCCCUUCCUCCACGUCUUGGCACUCGGGUUGCAAUCUGGACAGUCAAGGUUCUCCCACCACCACAGAUGGUCAACAGGCUCAGCAGAGCUCACCCACAGUGGAAGUGACGCCACCUGACAGCCAACCAGAGGACAACGGUGUGACUGAAGAGGAGGCAGAAGAGGACAGUGAGAGCUCCGCUCAGCUCCUCAGGACAAAGAGCGAUGCCGGGGUCUUAAGGAGAGGCCAGCGAAGGUCGCCAAGUGACCAGAGGAAAAUCCGACGCCAUCGAUUCUCCAUCAACGGACACUUCUACAACCAUAAAACAGCAGUGUUUACGCCUGCUUACGGGUCGGUGACUAACGUUCGCAUCAACAGCUGUAUGACCACGCCGCAGGUGCUACGAGUUCUCCUUAACAAGUUCAAAAUCGAAAACAGCCCAGAUGAUUUUGCACUCUAUCUGGUCCAUGCUAGUGGAGAGCGAGUGAAACUGAAGCGGACUGACUAUCCUAUGUUGCUGAGAAUCAUGCAGGGACCGUGUGAGCAAGUCUGCAAAAUAUUCCUCAUGGAAGAAGAUCUCGGAGAAGAAGUCACAUAUGAUGUGGCGCAGUAUAUCAAGUUUGAGAUGCCUGUCCUCCAGAGUUUCAUCACCAAGUUAAAGGAAGAGGAGGACAGAGAGGUGCAGAAACUCAGGAGAAGGUAUAACUAUAUUCGGAAUAUAAUCGAGAAGCAGCUCCAGUGUCUUCCAGAGGGGGCAAAGUGUAUGUGAUCUGCUCAUGGUAGGGCCCCCCACACCAAACUGUCACCACAGCUGCCAAGCCGUGACCAAGAGAAUGACCAAGAAUCAGCUGACAAGAGCAACAAGUACAUGUUUCACCAACUGUCCUCCCUCAGCACAUCCCACAAUCAGUCAGCCCACAGUUUGCUCUUUCGUGCACGUGUUGAGUGUGACCAUCUCUGUGAUACUGAGAGUCAUGGCAACACACACACUUUUUUUUUU